UUCAGCAAAUAAAACAUAUAUAAAAUCAUUAACUAACUCUAAAAUUGCAUGUGGGAAAGAAGUCAUAUUACCAAGCAUCUUUUCAAUCACAUCUAAUAAUGGUAGAAGAAUAUAUUUAGAUAUUAAGAAUAAUAUAAAUAAUAUUCAAACACAGUUGCCAGUUGAUCAGCCACAGAAAUUAUUGCUCAAAACGUAUAAAGAAUUAUAUAUUGAAUCACAGAAUAUAAUAGAGAAAAAUGAAUUAUCAAAUUCACUAAAUGUAAAAGCCACAAGUUCAUUAAAAAAUUAUAAGGAAAUUUCUCCAAAUUCUGAGCAUAUUAAUCAGGACCAUAAGUUAUGGACAGACAAAUAUAGGGCAAGGAAAUAUAUAGAGCUCCUGACGGAAGAGACUCUGAAUCGGAAUUUGAUGACUUGGAUAAAAAGUUGGGACGAAUACGUUUUCGGGGUUGAAAGAUAUGAUGGAAAUAUCCGAGUUUCUAAACACAAGAGUAACAUGAAAAGAAAGGCAACACAAAUGAAUGAAUAUAAAAAAAGCAAUAAGUGUCUCUUAACCCCGACCAAUCAAAAUCAAGCGGGAUAUCAGAAUUAUAAUAAAAGCGAAGAAAAAAUUGAUUUUGGAUUGGAUGAAAAAGGCAAGCCAAUACAGAAAAUAGCUUUAAUAUGGGGACCGCCUGGACUAGGUAAAACUACUCUUGCUCAAAUUAUCACCAAACAUUCCGGUUACGAUGCUAUUGAGGUCAACGCUAGCGAUGAACGGAACGAGCAUUCUUUUAGGGACGUCAUUCAAAACGUGUUACAAACGCACUCUAUCAAAAAUAUUUACCAGGAUAAAGGUAAUGACAGUUUGACUCAUAAAAAACCUAAAUGCCUUAUUUUAGACGAAAUUGACGGGGCUUCCAGUUCAGCGAUUGACACUUUGAUCGAUUUGGUAAAAUCAUCUCAAGAUUCUACUAGGAGUGACAAGAAAGGACGAAAAAAUUUAUCUUUGAAUAGGCCUGUCAUAUGCUUGGCUAAUGAUAUAUACACCCCCGCUCUUAAAGCGUUGAGGCAACAUUCUUACAUCAUCAACGUUAAAUCCAUAUCCAGUUUCAGACUCACCAAUCGAUUAAAAAAAAUAUGCCAGGAGGAGAAAAUUGGCUUAGAAGGAGAUAAAAUAUUACACACCUUGGCCUUACUUUUGGAAAACGAUAUUAGAUCUUGUAUUAAUUGCUUACAGUUUAUCACAGCUCAUAAAAAGUCCCAAGGAGGUUCUGCAAUUACUAUAACUCUUGACGAUGUUAUGAACAGGAUUUCUCCAGCCAUGGAUGAUUUUGGCCUAGAACAAAUAAGCUUAAAUAAUUGUUGGAGUUUCCUAAAGGAUAAAACUUUUAACAAUGACUACUUGCUGAAAACUGUAUUCUUUUACGAUGAAAAGGAUGGACAUAACAAUAAACUAAGCGAAGAUCUGACCAAAAUUUUGAAACUAUCUUAUAACACGCUUAGUAUGGACAAAAUGAGCGUGAACUUGUUCGAAAAUUAUUUGCGGUUGCCUUCCUUGACGAGCGAUAUAUUUAUGAAAAAGAUAACAAACGCCUUAGAUUGGUUGACAAGUUUUCACGAAAUUUUGCAAAAAUUCGUUAAUUCUUAUCAAACAUAUUCGCUUUACGGUUAUUUGAAUUACCUGAACGUCAUUUUCGCGAUAAAUUUCCGCUCACAUAAUAUAGCCUAUUCUGGCGCGCAAUCAUUCACGCAAAUUUCGGCUUUUCCACAAAAAAACUUUCAGGCAUCUCAAAGAACUUAUAAAAUGGUCAACUUGAUUAAAUCAUUCCUAAAACAUUGUUCUACCAAAGUCAAGUUUCAUCUCGAUUUCGAUAACGCAUGUUUAGAUAUUACUCCUGCCUUGUUAGACAUAAUUACUCCUAAUUUGAGACAGGUCAAUUUCCAGCUUUAUAACCUCAACGAAAAGAAGAUUAUGAAUGAAUUGUGCCAAAUAAUGGUACAAUACGAUUUGAAUUACAGGCAAGACAGAAUUUUUAAUAGAAUGGGGCAUAAAGCAGGAUUGCAAGAUGAUGAUGAAAAUCAAAUGGUCGCUUACAGCUAUGAUUAUGUGCUUGAUCCGAAUAUCAAAGAAAUAGCUUAUUUUGAAGGAUACACCUCUGUCACUGGAGCUAAUAAUAAUGGCAUUGUAUCACAAGUAUCGCAUUGUGUGAAGACUAAUCUCUCUUACGGUACCAAACAAAUCGUCCAACAACAAAUAAACAUAACUAAAUUGAAAAUGUUGGAGAAUAAAUACUCAUCUAAUAAUCUUAACCAGACUGACACAAAAUUCAAUGAAGAAAAAAGGCCUAAUUCUGAGAUUAUGAAGUCUUUUUGCAAAAAUUCUCACACUCCAAAUAUUGAAGAUAUUAAAGCGUCUACUGACAUUAUUACGAGGAUUCGUAAUAAAAAAGACAAGCAAACCAAGAAACGUUUGAAUACCUUUGACAAUUUUUUCACUAAAAUUGGUAAGAAAGCUAAAGAAAAUUGCCAAUCGAAAAAUGUGGAUACUUUAUUAAACAAAAAAGAAGUCAAGAAACAAGAAUUUAAUUUCCCUAGAGGAGUCAACUAUCUUUACAAAGACGGGCACACUAACGCAGUUCGAAGAUUUUUGAAAAUCAAAGAUUUCCUGAAAAAUUGAACUUGAUUCAUACUUAAUUUAUACUAUUUUAACCUUGUUUACUUUUUUAUUUAUCUUUUAUAUAAAAAAAAUGAAGAUGAUUUAGUUAAAUUUCUAUGAAAAUUAUGUUUACAGUGAUAAUGAUAUAAAAAUA